AUGUUCUGUAGAAUCUGCGGCAACAAGAUAAAUACAGAGUAUGCAUCUUACAAUUGCAAGGAAUGUAGUUACCGUGUCCACAUGAAAUGCCUAAAACGUUUUAGGUAUAUUUACGAGGAGUCAUCGCCUGCAACUAGUGAGUCAGUGCCCAACAAUUCCAUUGGCCGUUCAACUCAUUUGAUCAAGGCGCUCAAUCAAACAAACGACGAAGGACCUCACCUUGGGGAGAUCCAACGUUUCAGUCAUGAUCACCAACUUAAGUUAAUCCUCUGCGAUCACGAGGUCAAGGAUGAUAAGCUUUGUGAAGGGUGUACGGAAUUCAUAAUUUCGGCCCCGUUCUAUAGCUGUGUUCAAUGCCAAUUCUUUUUCCAUAUUCGAUGUGCUGAACUUCCCACAACAAUUGAGCAACACCGACUUGCCCACUAUUGCACGCUCACCCUUCUCCGACGGGCACAUACCAUGAGUGGGGUGUUCUUUUGUAGUGUUUGUUUUCGUCAACGUCGUGGCUUCGCCUACAGUAUUAGUCAUGAACUUUUGUGGUUCCUUGACAUUCAAUGCAGUUCAAUUCCGGAAACGCUUGAACACGAAGGUCAUCAACAUCUCUUUUGCCUUGCUCUGGACCCUCAGAAUAGAAAAUGCAAAGCUUGUCCCAGGGACAACGAGAAGUAUGUAUUCGUAUGCACCAGUUGUGAUUUCAUCUUGGGAAUCAGAUGUGCAAAUCUUCCGCUGGUAGUGAAGCAUAAAUAUGAUACACAUCUCCUCAAGCUCACCUACGCUAUUGAAAAUGAUUCUGGAGAAUAUUAUUGUCUAAUUUGCGAAGAAAAAAGAGACAAGGAGCAUUGGUUCUACUACUGUAAAGAAUGCAACUUUCCCACUCACCCCGAAUGUGUCCUCUUGGAAACUUAA